UUCCCCCAGUAGUUGGUGUCUCUGCCCCUCCCACAAUGGGGGGAUUUCCUUGCAGUAGUUGGUGUCUCUGCCCCUCCCACACUGGGGAGAUUUCCCCCAGUAGUUGGUGUCUCUGCCCCUCCCACAAUGGGGGGAUUUGCCCCCCCAGUAGAUUUGGUGUCUCUGCCCCUCCCACAAUGGGGAGAUUUCCCCCCAGUAGUUGUUGGUGUCUCUGCCCCUCCCACAAUGGGGAGAUUUCCCCCCAGUAGUUGGUGUCUCUGCCCCUCCCACAAUGGGGGGGAUUUCCUUGCAGUAGUUGGUGUCUCUGCCCCUCCCACAAUGGGGAGGUUUCCCCCCAGUAGUUGGUGU